AUGCCUGAAGCUGCGCUGCUGAACGUGAGAAGCUGGGCCGCGUACACCCAAAUGCCGGCGGCGCUGCUCGAAUUGCUAUGGAGUCGCCAAAGGAACCUACGGAGUCUGGAACUAACGAGGCUAUGCACGCCUCAGGACGAGAUCAUGCUGCUGGACACAUUUGAUCCGCACUGGGUUAGAUGGUAUCCCAACUUCACCGAGCUUGUCGUUCGACCGAACAUUAAAGACGGUGCUUGCGCCGCAGGGCAUUCUUUAAAGCACUUUGUACGUCCGAGGAUCGGAGACUUCCUGACCUAUGUGCUGUUCGACCAUGCUGACCUUCGAAUUCUCUUGACUUUCCAGAAUAUCAAGGAGCUCGUGGUAUACGGCCAUCUCUGGGAAGAGGACGAUAUCCAUGGAAGGGACUGGAAUGAAGCGAGCCCCAGCACGAGGGACAAACUUGGAGAAGGCUUGUUCCCAUCGCAGCCCCCGUCGUUUGAUACGCUGUUAUCCAACAGCGCAUUCAAAGCGUCCAACCUCAGAACGCUGGACCUACGCGACGUCAACCUACGCUUCUGUCGAGAAUCGUGGUUUGUAUUCCAGGAUCUAAAGAACCUGACCAGCCUCGCGCUCUGCUACUGCUUGCACCCUGAUGUAUUCCUGACUGCGCUUAUGCGCGACUCUGUUCCCGGGCUCGAGGAGACCAAGUUGGUUCACAGCGUCGCCGACGGAGGCGGCGAUCGCACGCUGAUCGAGCUCGCUGUACUUUUGAAUACCUGUAUCUCCUUCUAUCCACCUCCGGACAAGGCCAACGACCAGAAGGCCGGGCUUCGUACGCUAAUCCUCCAUCUCCGGAACCUUGGAGACGAUAGUCAGUCGACUGCACACGCCCUCGGAUCCCGCAUAGGAAAGCAUGGCAAGACGCUGCGGAGUCUCUGCCUCGACUUCAGGUACAGCGACAGACGCAAGAAUCCGCUUCCGAGAGCAGUAGUCUGGCACGCGGCGGCCUUGAAGCAACUUCUACGUGACUUUUCUCAGCUACGAGAGCUAGCGAUUGCAGCGCCGCCGUGCACGUGGUCCUACCAGGCAAAGCGUUGGUAUGCGGAGAAGAAAGACUUCAAAGCAGCAAUUAACGUCAUCGUGGAUAAUACCAAUCUCACCGUGCUGAAUCUACUGGACUGGCCGCUCGACUAUCACCCCGAGGCAGAACCUUAUCUGGCACGCCUCCGUCCAGCCCCAAUUGGCAAGGCUUACCAAGGACCUGUUUGA